UUUUGGUUUUGAUUUUCAUUCCUACUCUUUCUUGCGACUUGACUCUUCUUUUUCUUCUUGUCUUGCAUCGUAAUACGAAUAUAGCUUGCACUAUGGAAAACGACGCUGGAGAAUUCGUUGACUUGUACUGCCCCAGGAAAUGCUCAGCAAGCAAUCGCAUCAUUCAUGCUAAAGAUCAUGCUUCUAUCCAGAUUGCAUUGGCUGAUGUUGAUCCAGUAACAGGACGUAUGACCGACACAAACAAAAUGUAUGCUAUCUGUGGAGCUAUCCGUCGCAUGGGUGAAUCAGAUGACUGCAUAGUUCGCCUUGCAAAAAAAGAUGGAAUCUUAGCAAAAAAUUACUAAUUUAUGACAUGAAAAAUAAAAAAAUUGUCUAAAAAAUUUUGUUUUUCUAUUCUGAGUAAUUAAAAAUCAUCAAACACAUAUAAUGUUGCAAUGUU